AUGGCAUCAAUCAAUCAUAGUACUAGCUCGUCGAAAAAACGUCAUGUAUCUUUCAAUCACUUUCUUGCGUCGAAGAAUCUCUCGAUCUUUCGCUGUAAAUCUCCGAAUAUUGAUAAUCCAAAUCCAGUUGUAUCAUCGUCGUUGCCGGUCUGUCCAGAAAACGAUGGGUUGAAAGAACAUUUACCACAACCUCUUUCACUCGAUCUUCAACUUUUCAAAGAUAUCCUGAUAGACAAUGAUGAACCAUCAGCAUCGAAUGAUCAUGGUACACGAUCUAAAGUGUUUAGAGAAGAUGAGAAUGUCGAACUUUCGUUACGUUGA